UUCUACCCAGUUGCCCCACAUUUACCUAGUAGGAGAGAAAAUAUAAAAUCUUUUGCGUAGCCUAAAUUUAUUCACAUAGUGAGCAGUGUUAGCACAUUCCCACGUUGUGUAUGAGCUCUAGUGUUCAAGUUGUCCACAAGAAAGCCCCAAGUACCACCAGCCCGCGUGAAGUAACCAUGCUGAGUAGACCCUAACACAAUGAGCAGCGAGCCACACAAAGUCAAGGCAGAUGGCUAUGGAGACAGCGUCAUCAAACAUUUUCAGAACCUGCGCACCGAGAAUGAGUUGUGUGACUUCAAGGUCUUGGCCCAGGGAAGGGUUUUUGAGGUCCACCGGGCACUACUGGCUGCCACCAGUGAUUACUUCCGGGUCAUGUUCAAAGGUGUCAUGGCAGAGAGCAGACAGGACACCGUGGACCUUAAAGGUGUUUCUGCUGAUGGUCUGCAACAGGUGAUAGACUUUAUCUACAGUGGGGAAAUGAGUUUAUCAGAUGAGAAUUUGACUGAGGUCAUCAACACAGCCAGUCACCUGCAAGUUGCCAGUGCUAUAGACGUCUGCAGCUCCUACAUAAAGUCGCUGUUGACCUUUGAGAACUACGAAGAGCUGUUGUCUAUAGCUGACACGUACUCUCUGGAGUCUGUGGUUGUCCACUGGGAGAACAUGAUACAUGAGAGGUUCAUGGAGUUCACUGGGACACAGGCUUUCUUGAAGAUGGACGGUGAUAAGUUAGCCAGGCAUUUGUUACAGAACAGCCUGCGUGUGCCAUCUGAAUAUCAGCUGUUUGUCAGUCUGGACAAGUGGUUUCGGUUUCAAGCCACUCGACUGGCCCAAGACUCAGCUAAGCUGCUCAGCAACAUCCGCUUUGGUCUGAUGUCAGAACAAGAACUGACUGCAAUCCGUGAUACAGAUUCUAUCAAACGCUGUCCAGUUGGUCAACAGCUGAUAGCUAAAGGCUACCAUUACCACAUGGACAGCAAGAAGGGCCACCCCAGCAUAGACGAACACUGCAAGGUGCGUGCAGAUGAAGCAGCCAUCGUCAUGGUUCACCUGGGUACCUCCCACAUGCCCUUCCAAAUCACAGCAUUCAACCCCACCACCAAACUCUUCUACUGCCUCUUCAGUGACGUCAACGGCAUCAGGGACUGUCGGGUGGCCUCUGUUGACAACUUCGCUUACAUUUGCCGCGUUGUAGACUUUGGGGGCGGGACAUUAAUGAGCUCGUUGUUCAGGUUUGACCCCCGGCAUCUGAUUGGUCAAGAGCUUCGACCAAUGAGACGACUUCGGCUGGAAUUCGCCUGUGUUUCCCACACCAGGUGUCUGUACGCGUUUGGUGGCACAACGGAACAGUUCACCAUCCUGGACUCUGUCGAGUGCUACAACGUCCAGUCCAACACCUGGGACGAGCUGCAACCCCUGCCGGCGCCCACACACUCUCUAGCCGCCGUGUCGCAUGGCUCCAAAAUCUACCUCUCUGGUGGCAUCUCUGGUCAGGACCGCACCAUAGUGGCCAGUUUUUUCAGCUACGACCCCGUGACCAGACGCUACGAGCCAAAGCCCAGCAUGUUCUAUGCCCGGCGGCUUCAUGACAUGAUAGCCUUUAAAAACCAAAUCUUCGCCCUUGGGGGCAUCUCCAGGCAGGGGAUCCCCCUCUACGGGCAAAUUCCAAUUGAACGUUUUGACAUGGUGACCAACCAGUGGACCAUGUUAUCCUCCACGCUAGGCGGCAGGUCAGUGGGUCAUUAUAUGUUCCUGGACGAAGGUCAGAUCCUCUCCCUGGGGCAUGAGCACCACAGUGCAACCGAAGAGGAAAUGUGGCUGUACAUGCCGGACAGUGACUCCUGGUCCAAGUACUCUAAGGCCCCCCACAGGAUGAGUCUCAACUCGGCGCUAUGCAUGCAACUGUACAUCAACUUUUUCCAGGAGAAGGUCUCCAGCAAGGUGAUGAAGGACAAAUGAUCUGAAACCCAGGGGCCAUCUUGUUUUAUUUUCCCAACAUGAGCAUUCUGCACUUGUUACCUCAGAAGAAUUGAACUCUCCUGUAAAGGAAAUUAUGUUCAUUCAAUGUCGGCAGGGAUCUGCAAUGUACUAUUUUCAUCUUUAUAUACAUAUAUAUAUAUAUUACUGAUACACAUGUACAAAGUGGUGUCUUUGACACCAGACUGAUGAGAUCUAAUGUCAUGUCGUCAAGGCAACCAGUUUGAGGAGCUGUAUUCUGAUGUCAGGAACACAGGGUUGAUAAAAUCAUGUCUAUUAUCAUGUUGUCAGGAAAUCAGGUUGAUGAGAUCUCAUGCCCAUCAAGAUGUUGUCAAGGACCCAAUGAAGUUUCACAAGCUUCCACUACCAAAGUAUUCAAAUCUGGACAGGACUCACUGAUAACUAUGGAGAGUCUAGCCACCCAUGGGCAGUUCCCUCCCAGUUUUAGCUACACUGUGCUAUUAUUUGCAAUAUGGAUCUGCAGUGAUGGGUACUGGCUAGCUUCAGUUUGGUAUUUCCUGGAACUUAUAAAUUGAUGAAAUGUUGGCCGAUGUUAUAAGUAAGAAUACCAAUCACAACAAGCCAACAUUUUUACAAAUGUGAUUUCUGAAGGAAAGUUGCUAGAGCUACUAUCCUUAAUUUUUAUGCAUGUUAUUUCUGAAGAAAUAUGUUUGAGCUACCAUCUACGUUUUUUACGGAUGUGAUUUCUGAAGGAAAGAUGCUAGAGCUACCAUCCAUAAUUUUUACGCAUGUUAUUUCUGAAGAAAUAUGUUUAAGCUACCAUCUGUGGUUUUUAAAGAUGUUAUUUCUGAAGACAUAAGUUUGAGCUACCAUCUGUGGUUUUUACGCAUGUUAUUUCUGAAGAAAUACGUUUGAGCUACCAUCUGUGGUUUUUACUGAUGUUAUUUCUGAAGAAAUAAGUUUGAGCUACCAUCUACAGUUUUUACUGAUGUGAUUUCUGAAGGGAAUAUGAGAGUGCUCCCAGGCAAAGUUUACAUUGUGAAAAAAGAAAUCUGUAACAGAUGGACUUGUAGGAGCUAAACCCAUCUCUUGACAUGAACUGUUUUUUAUCUUAUUGUUUGACCCUAAAGUUCCACAGGUUUUGCAUGUGAUAUUGUUCAACAACCAGACCUUUAUAGGGAUAAACAUUCAGGAACAAAAAGUUGCAUUAAUUAGAACCAUAUUUUCACUUUUAUCAUGAUAUACAUUUCUUUAUGUAUAUACAUUUGUCUGUGUUACUGUGUGUAGUAUAACUUCUAAACAGACAUUUCAUAGCUGUAAUACUUGUCUUUGUAGAAUAUUUCACUUUUAUGGUAACAGUUUAUGCUGUUACUCUUGCAUAUUUUAUUUUUGUUAAAUGUAAAAAAAAAAUUUUAUGGUUUUUUAGAUUAAUUUAUUUCUGUUUUGACCUACUGUAUGGCUCACUGGAAUUAUAAAUUCCACUAGCCUAAUUAUAUUAAUGAAUUAUUAAUUCCUCUAGCUUAGUGCUAUUCAAUUAUAUAUUCUUGGCUAAGUUGGGUUUCUUUGUUAUAAAAUGAAUUUUAAGAAUGUUACAGAAAUAUCAAAUAGUAUUAUAUGUUACUUACAAAGGAAAUUUCAUCUAUUAUUAUGGGAGGCUUUUAAUUUUAAAUUUUCCCCAAAUUUUAUUAAGCUGUCUAAAAAUAAGCAAGGACUGUCCAACUACUUAUUUACAUGUUAAAAUCGUGAAAACAAAUACUUGGGUUUAGAUGGUAACUAAAGCAAUAUUUCUUUCAUUCUGACUGAUCCAAAUCUCCCUUUUAUAUUUAGACUACCUUUUAUUUAAAAACUAAUUUCUUUUGCUUGGGUUUAUUGAUCAUGUUUCUAAACCAGCUUUUUUAAACAUUGCAUAUUGUCAUUUUGAAAAAAAAAGAAUUAUUUUUGUGCUUUUUUUUUUGUAAAUAUUAGAACAUUCAAAUGUGGCCAACAGCUCUAAUUGAACAUCACAGAAUGUGUGGCCAAAAUUGUCAACAGCACAUGACAGCAAGUGUAGUCACCAGCACCUCACAGAAAAUAUGGCCAAUAGCAACUCACAGAAAAUUUGGCCAACAGCACCUCACAGAAAAUUUAGCCAACUUCCAACAUGCCACUUGGCAACACUGCUUGCCAAAAAAAAAAAAAUCUGAAACAGUUUUAAGCUAAAUCUGGCUCUAACAAUUA